UCUGAUAUAUAUUUGUAUAGUUGUUUAGUUGAAUUUUGAAAACCCGUGUAGGCCUCUACGGUUCUAAAUUUAAAUUACUGCAUCAUACGUUCAUUUCUCAGUGUACCUACGAUUGUGAUCUUUAGUGUGCGUGUAAUUACGCCAUUUGUUCGACUUGUAACAUAAUCAAAACAAUAAAACAGCUCACUUUCAAAAGCAUUCGUUGGCCUGUAAAUUAAACGAUCCGAUCAAUCAUGUUAUCAAAUAUUACCAACUAUUUAUUCGGCGGAUACCAAAACACCGAUGAAGCUGAAAAAGAUGUCCAUUUUCAAGAAGUCGAAGAAGAUGACUGGACGGUGGUCGAUACGUUAGGUAAUAAACAUGACAACGAUGAAGAUUUAAUAGUGAGCAACGAAACGUACAUAGCGUUAUCGCCGUCGUAUUUGAAAUCAGAAAACAGUCAAAAUUCCCGUCCUCCUGUACCUGAAAAAAGCACCUCAAGAAGAAGAAGCAUCAGCUGUAAAAGACUAGUGAAUCGUCGUUGUUCAACUCCUUUACGAGAGCUAAGUCCAGCGUGCGUCAAUUCCAAAGCAUUAGUACCUUAUGUGCCUAGAAAGGAAAGCAGAUCGUCGUCCAAGUCUUCCCUGUACGGUAUGGAGGAAUCGUGGUACAUUACACCACCUCCGUGUUUCGUAUCCGGACCGUACGAGACGAAACCAUCGUCGCUAGAAAACCUGCUGAUUGAACAACCUGGUGUCAACUUUUUAAACAGCAAUUUCGCAGACGAACAGCAGAUCGACGCGAGAAUCGAAUGUCAAAAUUCAGAUAAACAUAAACUGCCACCCAAACAUCUUUCUAAACAAAUUAAGCAAAAAGAAAACAUCGGCAUCAAAACUAUUACCAAAGAGAAAGAAACGCCUCAGCAGGAAGAAAAAAGACGCCAAAUACUUGAAAUUCACGAGCAGAAGAAGUUCAUUAAUGCGUGUCAGACUCAAAUCAAUACCGCACAAAAAGUUGAACAAAAAACACCCGGACAAUUUUCCAAACGUAAUCAAAUGGAACGUUUAAACAAAGUUCAAUACGAAUUGAGUUCACGCAAAAAACGUCAACGUCGCGCCGACCUUAACAAAAAACAUUCCGGUGUUAAUAAUAAUCGCAAAUGUUGUUAUUAGAAAAGUCACUGCCAUUUUGAGAUCUCAAAAACGUUCGUUUAAAAAUUAAUUACACCAACGAUGUAUUACUGUACCUAUGUCUUACUAAUAAUACGAUAUAUGUAUAAUGAUAAUGCGUACCAAUAAUUAAUUUAUUCUAAUUCAAUUAAAAUUGCACUCGUAAGGAAUUUUCAUAUACUACCUAUUCUCUAAAAUACUUGCGCUCUGCAUUAUGUUGUAAAUACAUUUUAUUAUUAACAAAUCUACGCAAAGAGUGUAAAACGCUAUAAUUUUUGUUUCAAUUUCAAUGUUAUUAAGAUUGAAAAUUUUUCAUUUUGAGAAAGUGUUGUUUGUUUAAUUUGUUUUAUUAUUUUAUACUUGUUGGCAAUAUUUUACUUAUUUUAUUUUUUUGAAGUAUGAUGAUUGUUUUUUCCCCUUUAUGUUUAACACCUUUGUGACUGGCAUUUUAUUCAAAAAGAACUGUUUUAUUUAUUUAUCCUUUCAUCUAUUUUUUUCUUUUUUUCGUUUAACUUAAGAGAUGAAAAUAUAGUUUUGUAUUUUAUUAUACCUAUUACCUACAUCUGUUUAGAUAGGAAGCUAUACUAUUUUUUUUGUCUGUUUUUAUUUCAUCUUUCUACAUAAUUAGAAACUUUUCUACGAUUUAUGACACUAAUUAAGAACCAAAAUAUUUAUGUUGUAUGUUACCAUCUGUUGACUAAUGCUAAUCAAAUUUUUCCUAUGUGUCACUAUAUGCAUAUAAAAUGCUGCGUAUACUAGAGUUCAACAUGUACGCGAUUAAUUUGUUGUAAAUAUAGUAUAAAACGCAUUGCCAUUAUUUUAUUGUUUUGGCUUUACAAUAUGUAGAUAUUAUGAAUCGAUAUUAGACUGUAAGAUCAUUUUUGAUUUAUAAAUCAUAGCACGAGUUAUGCUGAUAAUUUGGUUCUAUAGCUUUAAAAUUAAAUAUAGUUUUAUCAACGUUUACAUUUGUAUUCGUUUACAAAUGAAAAUGAUACAUAUAUUUUCAUAAGUAUCUCUGACUAUUUUUAAAAAGAACUGUUCAAUACCUAUAGUAUGUGUUUGUAUAUCAAAAUCACACUUAUUUAAUUUACUUAUAUUGUUUGUAUAGCUGUGAUCGUGUUUCUUCUUUUUUUUUUUUCCUCCCCAAUGUGAUGUUACAAAAAGGAAUUGUAGCAUUAAAAAACCCAAAUCAUUGUUGACAAUUUAUGUACUAUUAUUUUAUACGUAUGAAUUAUGUGAAUAGUGCAAUAUUAUUGGAAACUUCAUAGUCAUUAGAUUUACUAUUUGAAAACCUUUUGAAAUCGAAUGCGAUCGGGUUAAAAAAAAAACGGAUUACUUUGACGUUUAUAUAACUUUUAUGACACCUGUAGUGUUUCACUUUUAUUAGCGCAUUUUGUUGUGCAGUCAUUUUUUUGUUGUAUUGAAAGUUUAAAAUUUCUUAUGAUGUUUUUUUCUUUUUUAUAUAUAUGAAUAUUUGCUUCGCAAGACUAAGGCAUUUUCUGGAUUGAAAUUAUUAAUACAAUAGUUCAUGGAAAAAACUUUACUGGCGACAGAACUGACUCAUUUUUUUGCAUAAAUUAAAUAAUAUAUUUUGUAACAAAUAAGUCUAUAUUGUAGUUUAGAUAUAAAGUAACACUUGACAGUUGCUAUACUUGCAUGUAGUAGGUAUUAGUAACUGUGCAAACAGUUCCAAAAAAACAAAAACAAACAAAAUGUCAAUGUUCUAUUUUAAUUUCUACGAAAAAUAUAGAAAAUGCUAAUUGAA